UUGAUCACGUUAGUCGAUCGAUAGCAUUGUGAAAAAUGUAAUAAAAAUAAAUAGUUUUUCUGGUCUAUUUAAACAGUUUCUCAAGGUGCAUUCUGAACUGCAGGUGUAGUAGAAGAAUAUCUAGCAAAAAUUUCGUAGCCUAUCGGUACAUCGUGGAAAACGCGUGAUGCCACGGGUACGCCUGAAGCGGCUGAUUUUAGUGGUUGCCACGAUACUGUUCAUCUACGCGAUUGGAGUUAUUACAAGUGUUUUCUAUGUUCACGACGACCGUGAAACGGAAGAAAAGCCACUCCUGCAAUUCAAGCGCGAUCAGCCACUUCCGAAGAAGCAGGAAAAUAAAGUUGACCACAAGUUCCUGGAAAACCGAGCAGAAGCAGAACACAUUGACAAGCAUGAUGAGAGAGAAACAAACCUACAUAAUGCUAAUGAGGUAAAGGAUGAGGGGCAUUGGAUGGAGUCAAUGGACAAGAAAAUGAGAUACAGAAAAAAACGACUUACGAAUGUUUGCGCCAAUUAUUAUAAUCGCCAUCUUAUCAGGAUUAACAAACUCGCAGAGUCUCCGAGACGGCUGAGGGCGCUCGUUGUGAAUGACCAACGCCGAUUUUUGUACAGUAUCGCGUACAAAGUUGGAUCCACGAACUGGGAGCGCGUGAUCGUGGAAUUGGCAGGCUAUAAAAACGUACCGAAUCAAAAACUGUACAGCCACAAAGCUUUAAAAUGGAUGCCAAAGUUUACAACUAAAGAGAUUGUUGAACGUCUAGAUAACUACACUAAGUUCCUAUUCGUUCGAAAUCCUUUCUCACGAAUCCUUUCUGCAUACAAGGAUAAAUUUGUGGACCACCAUUUUGAAUCCUUUAACAAAAUCGGCAGGACGAUAAUUAAAAAUUAUCGAAAAAGUAAAUUUAAUGAGACGGAAAUCGACGGAACAGACGUUAGUUUCCAGGAGUUUGUUGAUUAUUUGUUGGACGGGCAUCAUAAAUCAAACGUGCACUGGACGCCCAUACAUUCGCAGAACUACCCAUGCGAAAUAGACUUUAAUUACAUAGGUAAAUUGGAAGACUCCAACGAUGACAUUAAGUAUGUAUUAAAAAAAUUAGGUAUAUGGGGACAUGCUUAUUAUCGCCAGGGAAACAUUGAUCCUGCUCAUGAAAAGCAACGCUUGGCAACUUACUAUUCAAGUUUGGAUCAGCAAUCAUUUGACGAACUUUAUAGACUCUAUGAACCUGAUUUUCUAAUAUUUGGAUAUCGUGUGUCAGAUAUAAUACGAUCAAAUAAAAAUUAGAUUAGACGACGAACCAACAUUGAAAUAAUAAAAGGAUCGAUGUGUCAGCGUGUUUUCCAUAAAAUCGCUACAAUCCUUUGCCGACAGCUGUUAGGCACACUCUGUGAGAUUUUGUGUACACGCUUUUCCGAUCUGUUAAGUUCAACCCCUCGCUGUGCAUUUUGCAAUAUGUCCUUAAGCAAGGCACUUUAGUUACGGUUGCCACUCUCCACCUAGGAGUACAACUGAGUACCUGGUAGGUUCAAAUACAAAACGCAUUGAUUACAGCUGCAACAUUAUGGAAUUUUCCCCAAUCAGGGAGCUGAGUAUGUAUUCCAUAUGUGCUUGGGUAAUAAUGUUAAGCGCACAGGUCUCAAAAUAUUAUUGUUAUUAGAAUCCUUCCUAAAUAAUAUUGGUUACAGUGCAGCACAUUGCGAUGGAAAUGCUGUAGCAACUUUAUGGAAAGAGUUUUUGCAAAAAAAUAAACCUACAUACAAUCUUUCUUGUGUGUGUGUCAAACAAGUUUACUUUUCUCAAUUUUGUGGUGAUAAAUAUCUGUCAAAGCUAUGAAGAUUUGUGACAGUUAUCUGUGAUUGGCCAUAUAUGAGUGUGAUAUGACUUCACCAUAUCC